AUGCACCGCCGCAUCGGCUCUUGGGGCCUGCAGACGGGCUUCGAGACGCCGCGGAGGGGAGGUGCCAAAAAUGGCGAAAUUGGUGUCCGGCUCAAUGCCUCCUGGAAUGGACUUAGUCAGAUCUCAUGCAUAGCUCAGAUGAUUUUUGGAGUUUUGUUAUUUGCAACAGCAUCAUGGUACCUCACUGCUGCAGGGAAGACUUCGGGGCAGGUUAUUGGCGGUGCUUCGUUGCUGAUUGGUGCCAUUGGUCUCCUUGGAAUGGCGAAUCAGAAGCCCCAGUUUCAAACUUUGUUCAUUGUAGGGAUGGGGUGCAUGGCUCUUCUGACGUUCGAAUUUGUUGGACAGGUCGGCCGCGACAUGGAGGUGCACUGCAACUUCGCAGAGUCAUACGUCCGACUGGCACAUUUGGAGGAGUCGGUGGUAUCCAUGAACAAGGAGCACGUCGUUGAACAGCUGUUUGCGCGGCUGAACGAGCUGGACGACAUGAUGGACAUGGUGUCUGAGGGUACCGUGCACCUAACUGAGAUGCGGGCCGCUCAGGAGGACCUCAAGAAACGGGACAGAGAGUACAUCGAGGGCAAAGUCGCGUCACUGCAUCACCAUGCGGAAGCGGUGAUGGAACACGUCUACGCAAAGGCCAAGGCGCUGGAGGAGGAGCACAAGGGCGACCCGCAGAAGAUAGCGGAACAGAAGAUGGCGCGCACAGUGCUGGAGGGCCACCUGAAUAACGUCGAGAAGGUCUUGGAGCAUCUGUCGCACAAAAAGAAGAGCGGGGAAGGGCUGACGUAUGGAGAGUACGAGAUGCUCUACAACGCUCUGAAGGACGGGCACCCCGACAAGCUGACCAUGAAAGCAGAGCAGGAGCAUUUGCCACACGUCAAAGCUUCAUUUGAGCGCACGGAAAAGGAUGAGUACCACGAAUUGGACCUGACUAACAAAUGGGCGGAUAUGGACAAGAUAUUCUUCGAGAAAGAAGAAGCCAGGAAGUUGUUUGAGGCAAAAAUGUCCGAGAUGAAUAAGGCGAGCGCCACCAAAGACAGGCAGGCCUUUGAGAAAUCCCUCAUGGCGUCGUUGUCCGACCUCCCGGUGCACUGCCUCUCAGAAGUCUCGCACUAUCAGUCCAUGAAGUGGGGAGGCUGGGCACUCAUGCUCUCUCAACUGAUGGCCGCCUACGUGGCAGCUACUAGCCUCGUGGUUGGUCCCAAGCACGACUGA